AUGGUGAAGCUGAACCUAAGGGACCUAAUACGCAAACCGGCCAUGGCGGCCGCAAAGCAACCACCAGACCCUCCUUCCCAGCAGCCAUCGACCAUGAAAGAUAGAAUAGACUCUUCUCCCAGGAAAAGUCCCACUCACCAAUAUCAACACAUGGCCCCUUCUCCUCAACCAGAGUCCAUCAACCAAUAUCCAUGCAUCGACCCUUCUCUCCAACAACAUUCAGUUCCCCAAUAUCGAUAUCCAAACUCUACUCCACAACAAGAGCCAAUCCGCCAAUAUCAACACGCGCCAUUCUGCUGCACAAACCUAACCAACUUCAUGAGAAGCAACGUCGACGCCGAAGGGCACGACCUCAUUGACCACUUCGUUGGCAUCAUGAAGCAUAAUCCCAACGGCUUCUUCGCUCACGAUAGUCACUGGUGUCCUACCAUAUCAGUGAACGACAUUACCUCCGUGAUUACCGGCCCAACGGCAUUCAAAAACUUGAUUUCAUUAGAAAGAUGCUUCGUUGAUAUGAACUUCCAGCAACCAACACUCCAGAACAUUCAGCACUCGCGACCUACCGAUAAAUUCUUCGUGCCAACUUGGGGAACUACAUACUGUAACUCAGGAGCGUACCUCGAAGUCGAUUUACAGAAUGGAAACUGGACGAGCGUCGAUGUCAUCCGUCAAGCGCUUUCGCCAUACUACAACGACGAGCGACAGAUAUAUGAGCAAUACAGUUGCUCGGCACAUCCAGGAAUGAUGUACAGAGUCUGGCUAUGGGAGAUCUCAACUGCUAAAGUGAGUGAGGUACAAAUUUCAAUGGCAGGUGGUGGGCGAACAGUGUUUCCAGCGGGAUAUAGGUUUCCAUAUGGGUCUACCGAAGAGGAAAUUCUGAUGGCACAUAGGUUUGGAAUUACGGUUGAGCUUUGGAGGAGGUGGAGGGAUGGGAACCGUGGAAACGGUCAUGGAAAGGGUAAGGCGAAGUCGGUUUAUUCUAGCGGUUACAAACAGUGGUGA